UUUAUAAAAUGGUGAGUCGCAAAAUAUUUCCAUUGCUAACUUUAAUAACCCCUUUCUCUCUCUAUAAGUAGAAUUGUGAUUGUUUAAACAGAGAUCCAUGGCGGAAUCAGAAGCACAACCUCCGAUUCAAACGGUUCAGGAAAAUGAUGAGAAAAAACUCAAGUAUCUUGAAUUCGUGCAAGUAGCUGCUGUUUACAUCGUCGUUUUAAGCUCAGCACUGUACGAAUACGCCAAGGAGAAUUCCGGUCCGUUGAAGCCCGGAGUUGAGACCGUCGAAGGGACUGUCAAAGCCGUCAUUGGACCGGUCUACGACAAAUUCCAGGAUGUUCCCUUUGAGCUACUCAAAUUUGUCGAUCGCAAGGUUGAUGAGUCCAUAACCGAGUUGGACCGUCACGUACCCGCUCUCCUUAAAGAGAUUGCGUACCAAGCCACGGCGGCGGCUCAGAAGGCUCCGGAAGUGGCUCGGGAGUUGGCUGCGGAAGUGCAACGCGAUGGCUUAUUGGACACUGCGACCAACAUUGCCAAAUCCCUGUACGCCAAGUACGAGCCUGCAGCCAAGAAACUUUACACAGAGUACGAGCCAGUAGCUGAGCAGUAUGCAGUUUCAGCUUGGCGCCUGUUGAACCGGCUUCCUUUGUUCCCACAAUUGGCUGACAUCAUGAUUCCCACGGCCGUCUAUUGGGCUGAGAAAUAUAAUCAAGCCGUGGCUUAUACGGCUGAGAAAGGCUAUCCGCUGUCGUAUUACCUGCCUUUAGUGCCAAUUGAGAGAAUCGCCAAGAUAUUCAAGGUGGCUGAGAACGACCCGGCUGUUUCUACCAAUGGAGAAUAUGUAGCCGUCUCGCAAUAAUAAUUGGUCCUUGUUUAUUUUUUAGUGGGUUUUUUUAGUACACUUUUUUUAUCGGGAAUUCUCAUUAGAGACCUCUUAUCGAUCAAUAAUCUAUUUUGUCGUUCGUUUAGUUGAAAGUUAUGAAACAAGUAUAUUGUAGUUCGUAACAACUUUGAAGUCUCUCCGUGUUUCAUUAUUUGAAUUUUGAUAUAGCAUGCAAUCAAAUUUUGGAA